AACAGUCCACCCCCGCCGCUAGGCUCGACUUGGUACGACCCUCCAUGGCGUAAAGUUUCCUUCCGCGUCGAGCAAGCAGUGUGAGCGUGACACACAAAGAGGGGAGGCAAAGCGUGCCGACACGACCGAGAUGGAUGCUGAGACCGCCGCCAACAGCGAGCCCAUGGUGGGUGAGGAGGAGCCUCUUUUCGGCAACCUGGACCUCUUUCUCUUCUCCCUGAUUGCCGGCCUCCUCGUUUAUUGGUUCAUGUCCCGCAAGAAGCCCGAGCCCAUUCCCGAAUUCAAGAAGCUCGAAACACCAGCACCCACCACGAAAGAGACAAGUUUCAUCGAGAAAAUGAAGAAAACGGGCAAAAACAUCAUCGUGUUCUACGGCUCCCAGACGGGCACAGGAGAGGAAUUUGCUAACAGACUGUCCAAAGACGCUCAGCGGUACGGCAUGAAAGGAAUGGCUGCCGAUCCAGAGGAGUACGACAUGGGGGAACUGUCCCGUCUGUCUGAGAUUGAAAACUCCCUCGCCAUCUUUUGCAUGGCCACGUACGGUGAAGGAGACCCAACAGAUAAUGCCCAGGACUUCUAUGACUGGCUGCAGGAAAAUGAUGACGAAGACCUGUCUGGACUAAACUACACUGUAUUCGCUUUGGGCAACAAGACAUAUGAACACUACAAUGCAAUGGGCAAAUAUGUUGAUAAAAGGCUGGAAGAACUCGGGGCCAAGCGAAUCUUUGACCUUGGUUUAGGGGACGAUGAUGGCAAUCUGGAAGAGGACUUUAUUUCAUGGAGAGAGCAGUUCUGGCCAGCCGUCUGUGAGCACUUUGGUGUGGAAGCUUCGGGAGAUGACUCGAGCAUACGGCAGUACGAGCUGAAGGAGCUCACUGACGUCAACAUGAACAAAGUGUUCACAGGAGAGAUCGGUCGUCUAAAGAGUUUUGAGGUCCAAAAGCCGCCAUAUGAUUCCAAAAACCCUUUCCUGGCCACAGUCACCCUCAACCGCAGGCUCAACAAAGGUGGCGAUAGACAUCUCAUGCACCUGGAAGUGGACAUUACGGGCUCAAGGAUCAGAUAUGAGUCAGGAGAUCAUGUUGCCGUUUUCCCUACAAAUGAUUCUGCACUGGUGAACAAGCUGGGACAAAUCCUUGGAGUGGACCUUGACGUGGUUAUCUCUCUCAACAACCUUGACGAGGAGUCCAACAAGAGGCACCCAUUCCCCUGCCCCACCACCUACCGCACGGCCCUCACUCACUACCUGGACAUCACACACCCUCCUCGCACCAACGUCCUCUAUGAGCUGGCACAGUACGCCUCUGACCCCAAAGACCAGGAGAAUAUGCGCAAGAUGGCCUCUUCUUCACCCGAGGGCAAGGCACUCUACCAGGGUUGGGUGUUGGACGCCUGUAGAAACAUCCUCGCCAUCCUGGAGGACAUGCCUUCUUUGAGGCCCCCCAUUGACCACCUGUGUGAGCUGUUGCCUCGUCUCCAGGCUCGCUAUUACUCCAUCGCCUCCUCCUCUAAGGUUCACCCCAACAGCAUCCACAUCUGUGCCGUAGUGGUGGAGUACAACACUAAAACUGGCCGCGUCAACAAGGGAGUUGCCACCAACUGGCUGAAGAACAAACUGGUCACAGACAACGGCCACAAGUCCACCGUUCCCAUGUACAUCCGCAAGUCUCAGUUCCGCCUGCCCUUCAAAGCCACCAACCCAGUGAUCAUGAUCGGCCCUGGGACAGGAAUCGCUCCCUUCAUGGGCUUCAUCCAGGAGAGGGGCUGGCUCAAACAGCAAGGAAAGGAAGUCGGAGAGACGGUGUUGUAUUUCGGCUGCAGACAUAAGGACGAAGAUUUUAUCUACCAGGAGGAGCUACAGGACGCAGAGAAGAAUGAGGUUAUAACGCAGCUUAAUGUUGCCUUCUCCAGAGACCAGGAACAGAAGGUGUACGUGCAGCACAUGAUGAAGACGAAUAAGGAACACAUCUGGAAACUGAUUCACUCAGACAAUGCUCAUAUCUACGUCUGCGGGGAUGCAAGGAACAUGGCUAAAGACGUGCAGUUGGCCUUCUACGAGAUAGCAGAGGAGCUGGGAGGCAUGACGCGCACCCAGGCCACAGAUUACAUCAAGAAACUGAUGACCAAGGGACGCUACUCGCAAGAUGUCUGGAGUUAAAGAGCCUCCAACUCUGCCUCAGUCUCAAUACUCAAGUGGUGGUUUUAAAUUUUCUAUUUUUAACUGUAUGUCCUGUUUUAUCAGGACUGAAUAUUAAAACAUUUAACACUUGUGCAUCGCCCUGGUUUAUGAGAGCUACAGGUAGCAGAAUAUCAUUAGGCAAACCCUACCUCAGCAGGUUUUCUUAAUAAACCCAUUCAGUAAUUUCCUAUGUACACUUAAUUAUGUAUCUGGAUCCUCACUUGAGCCAUGGUCUCCGACCAAACAGCAGUUACCCUGUCUGGUUUCCAGGGACUGUCAAGAGUCUCUGAUAUGUAAAAGUAAGAACUUGCUCGCUUGAAAUUCCUCCAUCAAUCAGGAGGCGUACUUUGUAAAUGCAAAAAGAUUCACCUACAUUUUACAUUUAAUUUUGAUUGCAUUGUUUUAAUGAGCCGAUCUGUUUCAUGAGACAACAACUCGCUGCGUCCAACCUCUAGAUGUACAGAAUAUAAUUCCACUGUGGACAUUUAAAUUCAAAAUCUAUAUAGCUCAUUCAGUUUUUCCAUCUUUGUAACUUUCAUAUAACCGCAGCCCGGUAAAACCACAGCAGGUAACAAGUGAAUCUGAGGACACUCGAAGACGCUUUAUAGACAUGAAAGGAGCGUAUGUAGUGGUGCUUUGGAAAGUACUUAAAAUGUUUGAUGUAACAAGCUGAUGUCGUAGGUACAGUUAUGUUUACCUUUUGUAUUUUGACAAAGGGUUUUGCCUCUCAUGCAUAAGUUUCUGUUCAUUUUAAUCAGUAACAGGAACCUUUCGAGGGGGCACAAAGUGAUGCAAAGGGGGAAGAUUGUUUGUAGAAGAAUAUGAGAUUAUGUGCAUUUUUAUUUUCUCAUGAAAGCCUGUCUUUAAAUAUGAUGAAAAAUCUGUAGGUGUCCUAUAUUUGUAAAAUGUUCAUAUAUUUUGAAAUGUUGGCCUUGAAACCAGAUCUGCCCUUCCAAAUGGUGAUUGUUUAUUUUAUAUGCAUCCGAUAGCAGAGGAUUAUCAAUAGGUUUAUCAUGUGGUGGUAACCACCUCUGUUUGAUUGUUAUACCUUAUGUGAUUAGAGAAGAAAAAUUAUAUGCACCACUACAUGGAGAAAAUAUUAAAACAUUUUGUGUGUCUCAUCAGUCAGUGCACAUUCCAGUACUUUUAUGUGAAUAUAUGGACUUUGAGGUGGACAACCGACCAGUUAAAGUACAGACUGUGCCUUUUAACACUGCCUUGCCAUAAUUAUGUUAGCAUUAAAACUCUGACGUUUCACUGUCUCUUCAGUGGUUUCCUUUCUUCCAUGCUUACAUUUUGAUAGAAAAGUCACUUUACACAGUACUGUCACUUUUAUGUCAUUCUAUUUUAUUUUGUAAUUAUUUGGUUUAUCAAGGCAUGCAUUUUUUUAAUGAAUAAAAUUGGAAUAAUU